GAUUAAGAAAAAUUUGUAACAUUAUUAAGGCCAGGAUAGGAAAUAGGAGUUUGCCUGUAAAAAGGAUCAGUGGGAGGGAAGGCCUCUUCUCCGUCCGUCAUCCCCAAUAAUAACUUUGACUUGCAGAAACAAAAUUCUAUCUUUUUUGUUUUCCGGAGUUACUUAGUGACACCAGAGGUAAAAAAUAAAAUAAAAACAUGCUUCAGAUUCGGCUUAGCAACAAAGCUACCGCUUCAGAAACUGGCAAGCUCCCUUCUGGGGAGACCGUCACGGUUGCAUGCCCAGAUCAUCUUGUUCUUGCCGAGCUUCCUGUUGCCAAGAGUCUUGGUUACACUAAUGGUGUUACCCCUGUUAAGACUGUUGGUCGUAGGUCACGCCGCCCCCUUGGUGAACGUGUCCACUUCUGUGUUCAAUGUGAUUUCCCCAUUGCUAUCUACGGACGUCUGAUUCCUUGUGAGCAUGCUUUUUGCCUGGAUUGCGCCAGGAGUGACUCUUUGUGCUAUCUGUGUGAUGACCGUAUACAGAAGAUUCAGACGAUUAAAAUGAUGGAAGGCAUCUUUAUAUGUGCAGCACCACAUUGUCUAAAGUCCUUCCUAAAGAAAUCCGACUUUGAGGCUCACGUACAUGCGGUCCAUGCGGAUCUAAUUAAUUCAAAUCCUCAAAAAGAUGUAAACGAGUCAGAAGCUGCAAGCACCAAGAAACCCACAACUUCUGAUUCAACUGUUCAAGCCCCAACUCCAAGACCAGUCCAAGAUAGUGAAGACCGAACACCUCGUCCCCAACCCCAACCCCCUGUCAGACCACUGAUUCAGCCAAAUCCUAACCCGCCACAUGGUUUUGAUGGGCCAACGCCAAUGCAAAUUCAACAACAGAAUUUUGAGUACCCUAUGAACACACUCCAGCCUCCCAAUUUUGUAUUACCAGUGAACCCACAUGUGAUGGGCCCUGGAUUAUUUGGCCAACCCCUUUAUCCCGGUCAACAGGCUUCAGAAGCAGGUGUGGAACAAGGGUCAUUGCUCGGUUAUCCUCAACCUUGGAAUGUUGGACCAAAUGGUGUGCUGUUUGACCCUUCUAUGAUGAUGAAUCAAGGUGGUUUCUUUCAAGGAGGUCCACCAUCAAACAUUCCGCAAGGGGGAAAUGCUAACCCAUCACUCCCACCACCACCACCCCCUCUACCUCCGGCAUUUGCUCAAAUACCAGGGAAUUUCUAUGGUGGUGGUGAUUCAAGUCACCAUGGACAGGGUCCACCAGGGUACUCGUGGCCACAAGACAAGCGUGAUGGCUUUGGAAAUGGUCAAGAUUAAUAUAGUUAUACCUGUUUGAGUUGAUAUCUUGUUGACUAUUUGAGGCUAUAUAACAGUCUUAUUAAUAUAAUCAUAGACGAUUCUCUGUUCCCA